AUGACGAUGGGACCAGAGGCGAGGAGUGACCCCAGAAAUGCGAACCUUCCUCUAGUCAAUCAACCUCAGACGAUCCUGGGGACUACGAUCACCUUUCUGUCUCUCGCUCUCCUAACAGCAAGUCUGCGAUUGAUCGGUCGUUGGCGCUCUCGCUUCUGGGGCUGGGAGGAUGCCUGUGUCUUUUUUGCUUGCGUUGCGAGUGCCUGCGGAGACACCAUGGUCUGUUUGAUGCCUUUCAACGGACUCGGCCUUCACUUCGCUACUCUAAGUGCCAGCAAUGCAGAAGCCUACUACAAGGACAUAUGGGCGAGCAACAGCGCUUACUGUGCUAGUACGACUUUUAUCAAACUGGCAAUUCUUCUACAGUACAGGCGUCUCUUUGUUGAGGCAGCGAUGAGUACUGCAUCCCCACGGUACCGUUUAGGGAUAAGAUGUGUUUGGGCUGCUAUUGCCGUUUCUGCUAUGUGGGGACUCUCCUUUUUCUUUCUUGCACUGUUCCCCUGCCAGCCCGUCAGGAAGAGCUGGAAAAUCAUGACGCCGGGCAAGUGCGUGGGAUGGGGAACCAAGGAUCCCAACAAGUUCUUCAACAUGUGGGCAUCACAUGCUGCGAGCAACAUGUUUCUCGACAUAGUUGUUCUGCUAUUGCCCGUGCCGUUUCUUGGAAUACUCGACGUUCGACACAGAUGCAAGAGGUCUCUUAUCGCUCUCUUCUCCUUGGGAGCAGUCGUCGUAUUGGUGUCUAUAGGCCGCUUGAUAGCGCUCUGUAUCUCCCGUGCCGGCACUUACCCUGUUCCCGACAUGUCCUACCACGCGCCCAUAGUGUUUAUUUUCAGCGUCUUGGAAGUCAACAUCGCAAUCUGGUGCGCCUCGAUCCCAAUCUUCUGGCCCAUGAUCAGCUCGCUCGCCGCGAACAAGAUCCUGGUCGUCAACGAAAUCGUUGUGCGCGUCGAACAGUACCCAAAGGGUAGCCUCGAUGGCGAAUCCGGCAUCGGUCUCUCCUCGCAACUGAUAUUGGAAGAACUCCCCAGCUCCCCCGCUCCAUCACACCCCCGACGUCUCAGCACUCUGGCGCGCACCUUCGACCACCGGCCCAGCCGCGAUUCAAUCCGCAAACCAACGCACAAGAGCAAGGGCAGCAUCACCUCACGCUCCGACCACGAGCGCCGCUCCAGCCAGGACAGCCAGCGCAACCUGUACCGGUCGUCGACGCACGACUCGAAUAACACACCCAAGAGCGACUACGACUGGUUCACCGAGCUGGACAGGGAGUGUGUGGGCCGCCGCACAAUAACGCGCAUCGAGACGGGGAAUGCGGGGCCGCGCCCUGAUGAAUCGCGGUAG